GGUUCUUGCUUUUUACUUGUCGGCGUGACAAAUCUCGACAACGAAAGCAGGAUUCAUGACGGGCACUAUAGCAUGGAGCAUGUUGAUGAGGCCGCAGUCGUCAGAUGACCGACGCGUGGGGAAGAAGAGGAAGGUAUGCUUGAAGGACUUGCUGAGGGAACGGGUGGAUCUGCAGGAUGUGUUGCGCACACCUGAGCUGUUCCUCCUCAUUACGCAGUUUCAACGCGGCCAGACGCCAGACCUCCAGCCCUUCAGGCAGUUCAAGGCUAGCCAAUCGGACAAGAUCUCGGCGCUCGUGCCUCUGCUGGACAAUACACAUGAGGCGUUGACGGCAUGGUACAGUAUCCACGGCCUCGCGCGGCUGUGCGGUAUGUUUCGCUGCUUGGAAUACAUGCAUCCCAUCGUCGUGCUCCAUGCGCUCGCCCACGGCAACCUCGACGUCCUCCAUCAUUUGCACACAAAGUGGAGAUGUAAGUUAGAAUCGUCCAUUCGCAACGAAGCCAACGUCAUGAUUCCCAUCAUGAACAUUGCCGCGAUCCACGGCCAAGUUGGCGCUGUCCGCUUCCUCCACGACCGCCAGUACCGCCGCUGCACCCACUUCGCCAUGACAGGCGCUGCCCAACACGGACAUCUGGAAGUGGUUCAAUUCCUGCACGAACACGGCUAUCCGUGCCUCGACGACGCAAUGAACGUGGCGGCGAGGUUUGGACAUUUGAACAUUGUGAAGUUUCUACACACGCAUCGAAGCGAAGGCUGCACGACCGACGCAAUGGAUUGGGCGGCAGAAAGUGGAUAUUUGAAAGUUGUGCAGUUUCUUGACACACAUCGAAGCGAAGGCUGUACGACCGCCGCCAUGGACGGGGCCGCGGAACAUGGCCAUUUGGAGGUCGUCCAAUAUUUACACGAACAUCGUACCGAGGGAUGUACGACCGACGCGAUGGACCACGCGGCGCACGCUGGGCGAUUGGACAUGGUUCAGUUUCUGCAUACCCAUCGAACAGAAGGAUGUACGACGUCGGCCAUGGACGUGGCAGCCGGCGAUGGUCAUUUGGAAGUGGUGCAAUUUCUGCAUGCGAAUCGAUCCGAGGGGUGCACGGAAGACGCGCUGGAUACGGCCGCAUGGCAUGGUCACUUGCAAGUGGUCGAGUUCCUGCAUGACCAUCGGCCAGAAGGCGGUAGCGUCUUCGCCAUGGACAUGGCCGCGGCCAAGGGCCAUCUAGAUGUGAUUGUAUUUCUGCAUACCCGUCGCACGGACGGUUGCACGACCCACGCCAUGGACUGGGCAUCGCACAAUGGACAUUUGGAAGUGGUGCAGUUUCUGCAUGUAAACCGCACCGAAGGGUGCACGGCGUACGCUCUGCGGAGCGCGCGAACUUCGGGGCACACGCGCGUGGUGCGCUUUCUCGAACGCCACGGGUACAAAAACGAAACGACGCUCGAGUCGGCGCUGGCGGACGACAGCCUGCGCACGCACUUGGACGACAUCGUCGGGCAUAUUUUGACCCAUUAAUAGUGUUAAAUCGACAACAAGAUAUGUCUCGA